GCUUGACAGUCGACGCCAUCGACGCCAUCUGACACCGCUCCCGGAAACUAUACGCUGCAUGGAAGAGAAACUCCUUCGGAAUAUCAACGACCAUCUGCAUCGCUUCUCGAAAUGUCGCAACAAAGUGCUAUCCAGACGACGACGGCAACUACAACGGUCUCGGAAAUGACGCCGGUACUUGGAACUCUACAGUCCGUGGGACCUAAUAAUCAGACAUCAUCGGUUUUGCCUAACGUGCAAAGCAGCACUACGACAACCCCUGUACAGUCACAAACGCAAUCUCAACAAACUCAGUACGUUCCCCAAACUCCAAAAUCGGUGCAGCAGUCAUCUACUCCAAGUUCUUUUAGCGAUUUUCCACAAUUUUUAACAAAAACAAGGUUACAAGAUUUGGUAAGAGAAGUAGAUCCCACUGAACAGUUGGAUGAAGAGGUAGAAGAGAUGCUUUUACAAUUAGCAGAUGAUUUUGUGGAAACAACAGUGAAUGCAGCUUGCCUGUUAGCUAAACAUCGUCAUGCAAACACAGUGGAAGUUAAAGAUGUACAGUUACAUUUAGGAAGAAAUUGGAAUAUAUGGAUUCCUGGGUUUGGUACAGAUGAAGUUCGUCCAUACAAGCGAGCUACUGUCACUGAAGCACAUAAACAAAGAUUGGCGCUUAUACGAAAGUCUAUCAAGAAAUAUUAAUUCUUUUAUGAAUUAGUUUUUCAUUUUCGAAAAUUAAGAACUUGUAUUUUAUAUAUUUUUAAAAGUCUCAAGUAUUAUACUGCUGUAGUCUUGCGACAAAACUGUUCAUCUUGUAUAUAAUUUUUCCUUUUCACACACAUACCAGUCGUUCCUCUUUUAAAUACUAUUUUACUAUAAUGCAAACGAUAAAAAUAGAUUAGAUGUAAAAACU